UGAUAACCUUACAAUAGGCGCACCCCAUACAACAAACAAUCCUGAAGGUACAUAUAUGCCCAGAGAGCAAAAGAGCAGGACGACACCUAGAUUAUUAUAUCCACGUCGAGGUACCAUGUCUUUGGGAGCUUUAUUUGUGUGUCUUUUGCAACCAUGGUCGCUUUCUGGACUUAUUAUGCCAAGUACAGAUACGUCAAGUUUGCUAAAUGACGUCGCCUCUCUGAAACAGAGUGUGGCAAGUCUUCAGUCGACCACCAGGCAGUUGCAGAAAGAUCUACAGUCAACUAAAAGUGAUUUGCACUCGGCUAAAGACCAGGUUUCAAAGUUGUCCAAAAAUGUUGCAUCCAAACUCAGAGAUGUGGCAUUCCACGUCAGCAAACCUGCCCCUGACCAAACAACCUACACUCCUCUGACAUUCGGCACCAUCCUCUACAACUCUGGUUCAGGCUAUAACUUCACCUCAGGAGUGUUCACAGUACCAGUGUCAGGGACCUACAUGUUCUGGACUCAGAUAGAAAUCAAUGAGUCAGACGCUUACAUGAAUGUUUGGAUUAUGACGGCAGGGAAAGAAGAUAUUCUGGCCACCGGUUGGGUGUUAACAGACUCGACUAUCGAUGACGCUGCUGCUUCUGCUAAGGCUGUCAGACGCCUGAAAAGGGGCGAGGAGGUGUGGGUGGAGAUAACGGUGAAACACACACUAGUUGAAAAUGCCGCAUCAUACUUUGGUGGCGUCCUGCUGAUAUUUACAUCAUAUUUGACUGUCUUUAUCAUUCACUUAAUUUUUAAUGCAGCAUCCAAAACCAGAGAUGUGGCAUUCCAAGUAAGCAGGCCUGUCCCUGAUCAAACAACCUACACUCCUCUGACAUUCGGCACCACCCACUACAACUCUGGUUCAGGCUAUAAUUCCACCUCAGGGAAGUUCACAGUACCAGUUUCAGGGACCUACUUGUUCUGGACUCAGAUAGAAAUGUAUGAUGCAAACUCUCAAAUGAAGGUUUGGAUCAUGUCGAAGGGGCUUAUCCUGGCCGCUGGCUGGGUGUUAACAGACUCAAAUAUUGACGACGCCACUGCCGAUGCUCAGGUUGUCAAAAAUUUGACGACUGGCGACGAGGUGUUGGUAGAGAUAACGGAAAAACACAAACUAAAUGAAAAUGACGGAUCAUACUUUGGUGGCGUCCUGCUGUAAAUUGACUGACCCAAAGUCUACAAUUAAACGUUAUGACUGCAAA